AUGACAGCCCACGAUAUCAAUUUUUUGCUAUCACAGCUUUCGCCAGAGGAGAAGGUGAGCCUACUAGCAGGUGUUGAUGGGUGGCAGACCCAAGAAGUGGCAAGACUAGGGAUAGGAUCACUCAAGAUGACAGAUGGCCCUUCCGGGGCAAGGGGCAAGUCUACUGUCGAUGGUCCAACAUCGGCCUUUCUUCCAGCCCCUGUUGCUCAAGCCGCAACAUGGUCUACCAAUGCUGUGAGGGCAAUUGGCAGAUUGCUAUGCGAAGAGGCAAAGACAAAAGCUGCCCAAGUGCUGCUAGCGCCUACGAUUUGCUGCGCUCGCAACCCACUGGGUGGAAGAAACUUUGAAUCAUUCAGUGAAGAUCCUUUGCUCAGUGGUAAGCUGGCAAUCGAAUAUAUUCGCGGCGUUCAGGAAUCGGGAGAAGUUGGCGCAACUGUGAAGCAUUUUGUGGCCAACGAACAAGAAGACGAACGGUUCAAUGUCAAUGCAAAUGUCACAGAGCGAGCCUUGAGAGAGAUAUAUCUGCGUCCAUUUGAAAUGACGGUCAAGUCGUCAAGUCCACCGACCUGCGUCAUGACCGCUUAUAAUUGCGUGAAUGGUCUUCACAUGGACAUGAAUAGAAAACUUCUCACAGAAACACUUCGAAACGAUUGGGGUUUCGAUGGUGUAAUCAUGAGUGAUUGGGGAGGAACAAAUUCCCUAGCAGAGAGUCUACUGGCUGGACUUGACCUGGAAAUGCCAGGGCCUGCUGCCCAUCGGGGAGCUGGUCUUCUUGCACUGCUACAGAGAGCACCAAGCGAAGAGAUAUUAAAGGCAAUUGAUGCCUCCUGCUCUCGGGUGCUGCAACUGUUAGCGGGAAAGAAUUUACUAGGCUUGUCUGCAAAUGAAGCCAUGGAAUCACGCAAAAGAACAGAGACAUCUUCAUACACCGACCUCGAUCGACAGCUACUGCGAUCAGUAGCCGCCGAGGGCAUAGUUCUCUUGAAGAAUUCGAAGAACAUUUUGCCACUCUCUCCUGAUAAAAUCCGUGGAAAGAGAGUUGCAUUUAUCGGACCCAACUCUCUUCAUGGGGCACCAGGUGGCGGUGGCUCGUCGAGUCUGAAUCCGCACUAUCAGACGCAUCCUAUGGAGGCAUUCAGCGCUGUCACAGCCAGCUUAGGUAUCAAGGUUGAUGUACAGCAUACCCCCGGUGCCUUUAGCUAUCGGUAUCUCCCUUUAGCGGCUACUGAGAAAUCGUACUCAGGGCACUGUGAGCACACAAUGCAACAAAAGGGCAUGCUCCGCCUCGACUUUUUUGCAUCAACAGACUUUUCUGGGCCAAUUUUAGAAACUCAAUACCGCAACUCUUCCAACAUUGAUCUUUCUGACACCGCACCCGCUGUGGUGUACGAGAAAGGAGAUCCAUAUUCCUUUCGUCUUUCAACCACCAUCACACCAAAGACUACUGGAAUGCACACUUUUGGCAUAGCAAAUGUUGGAAAUGCCCGACUCUAUGUGAACAACCACCUCCUCAUCGAUAAUCAUGACUGGUCCGGUCCUGCGGAAACAUUCUAUUCUUUUGGUAGCACUGAGAAGCAAGGGAAGCUUCAUAUGACUGCUGGACGUGCAUACGAAGUGUGCAUCGAGUCGUCUUCUAAGAUCUCCACAGAAUCAGAUCCCAAAAAACCCGAGGCAAUGCAUGUCUAUGGCAUUCAACCUAGCGUACGAUUUGGUUUCCUCGAGCAGCUCCCCGAGAAUCCGAUUUCCGACGCCGUUGUUCUUGCCGAUGGUAGCGACUUCACAAUUCUUAUCCUUGGGUUGAAUGAGGAAUGGGAGGGCGAAGGUCAUGAUCGUACCACAAUGUCCCUCCCUGGGACACAAGAUGAGCUUGCACAGUCUCUCCUCAGAUCAGUGGCCCAUCCCGAAAACAUUGUUAUCGUCAAUCAGUCAGGGUCACCCGUGGAGAUGUGCUGGGAACCUGAGGCAAAUACCAUAGUCCAGACGUGGUAUGGUGGUCAAGAGGCAGGUAACGCCCUCUGCGAUGUUCUCAUUGGUAGGGUGAACCCCUCAGGUCGGCUGCCCAUCAGCUGGCCUUUCAAAUACACCGACUUGCACUUCCACAAGAAUAAGCACACAUGGCCUGGUAUAGAUGGACAAGUAGUCUAUGCUGAAGAGACAUUUGUUGGAUAUCGCUGGUAUCUUCAUCAAGGGGUCAAACCGAGAUACUGGUUCGGCUAUGGUCUUGGAUACUCGACCUUCGAUAUCUCCGGCCUUGAAACAUCGGAGACUACUUCGGGGUGGGACUUUAUUGCAGAAGUGAGCAAUACAGGAAAUAUACCCGGUCGGGAGAUUGUUCAGCUGUACUCAACCAUCCUCGAUGGUGCUGGGGUCCGGGAGCUAAGAUCGUUUGAGAAGACACGCAUUUUGGCGGUGGGCGAAACACAGAAAGUGACCUUUAGUCUCGAGAAGAGGGACCUGGCUCACUGGAAUGGAAGAUGGAUUACAGAGAAAUGCGUCUAUCUCCUAGAGGUUGGAAAGAACGCCGGCGAUAAAAAUAUGCUGACAGCCCAGGUGAGAAUUGAUGAACGGAUAGAAUGGUGA